GGUUAAGAUAUUCACAAUUUGUAGCAAAAUGUUGUGUCUACGCUGCUCUCAUGGUCUUAGAGCCACUCCAAUUAUAUCAAGAGCGCUUUCACAAUCCAAUGCUAUCGUGGCGAAAAGAACAUUUACUUCAAUCACGCCCCUCCGACCCACGUUAUCCCCCUCCGCAUUCAAACCCUCAUCGUCUGUAGUCAUACCUUCGGACGCAGCACCGCUAGAUCUCCUUCCUAAGAUCUCAACACAUCCCGCUUUGAGCACAACACAAUUACGUUGUGGACCAAGAAACACGUUCAGUCCGAGCCACUUUGUUAGGAAGAGGAGACAUGGAUUUUUGAGUAGAAUUAGGACGAGGAAGGGGAGGGCGACGCUACAGAGGAGGAAGUCAAAGAGACGAAGUACUUUGAGUCAUUAGAAGAAUGGUAUUAGUGGUUGGAAUACCAAGAAAUAUAACCAACAAUGAGAAAGCGGGGCAAUAUUAAGGCA